AUGCUACUUCGCGGCAACUGCGCGCACUGCGUAAGUGAUAUAGCACCGGUCUGCCUGGCUGCUGUGCUCGAUUACCUGGUUGCUGAGUUACUGGGUGUGGCGAGUGGCGUAGCUCUGGCCAAUGGAGAGGACGAGGAGCUGAACAACUUCGCAGCCAAUAUGACCACGCUACCACCUAGCAUGGGGACUGUUUGGGGUUGCGCUGCUGGCCAUGAAGAUGGAGAAGUCCAUGGGCAUCAGGCAGUAGGCUGA